UCUGUCAUCUGUAAAUGGCUGGCUGCGUGAUGUCGUGAUUUUUGUAUUUUAGUCGAUAACUUGUGAUUUGUAGGCUCUCUUUAGUUAUUAGUCUAUUUAUUUUGAAAAAUAUGCAUUAUCCUAGCUGUGUCAGUCGGCCAUUGUAAUAAGCAAAGAGCAAAUUUUAUUCAAAUGGAAGUUUGAAAUGUCAAUUCGUGUUACCGUCAACUCUAACCAAAGUUCUGACUGUAGUCGACGUUUUUUGAAGGAUGUGGAAACUGAAAAAAGAAAUGAGUGGAAUAGAAGACGAUUAUUACGAAUUCAGCAGGUUCGACAACAGUCAAAAGACUUUGCAAAUUCUCUGCGUGAAAAAAUCCACGGAGAGUGUGAUCUCCAAAAGGAGAACAAUAACAAGCAAUGGCAGGAAAAGACUCUGGAUAGAUUGACCGACAAAUAUCGAGAUUGUCUCAAAGAUAUCGGGCUUGCUCAUGCUAAAGCUGCAAGACAGCCCGAUCCUGAUGAAAUUUUGAGGGAAGAAAGGAUAAGAAACGCGGUAAUCACUGGCAUCCGUGGUGAGUCUGCCAUGUGCCUUCUAAAAUGUAGACGAGAGAUGAAAAAACUCGAAGAAACUGUGCCGACCAGAUUGAAGGCGUACGUUCGUGCCAAGGAGGAUUUGAGAUCGACAAUGGUUGCUUCAUUGCCGCAGCCUCAACCAAAACAGAAGAAAUCUCCAGUCAAAAAGAAAAUUUCACCUGUAAAAAGAAGGGUUGUUGCAUCAAAACAGAAGAGACCAAGGCAAGUGUUAAGAGAAAUUCCCAGUAAUCUACCGGAAGAUUAUGUGACCGUAAUAGAGCGUAUACCAGACGAUGCCAAAGUGGACAAAUGUUGCGGUAGUGCUACUGUUGUCAAUGAUGAUGAGGAUAGACGAGAUCGCCCUCAAUCACCUAAAUUCAAGUGUCAUUGCAGUCCCAAAAAAUCAAAAGCUCAGGAUCGACCUGAGACAACAACUGCUAAAACUUCUCAGGAAAAUAAAAAGAAGAAAAACAGGAGCUUGGUGCCAGGGACACUGCUUGGCCGCCGGCAGUGGUGCUGUUUGAACAGGUUCCGGACAUCUACUGGAAGAUGCGCCCAGUCUCUUGCCUUAUGGGGCUUUACACCUGACCCAUACUGUGAAUGUGGCGAGAUACAGACAAUGGAGCACUUGGUUUCGAACUGCCCUUUGUUCCCAUGUGAGGGAGGAUUGCAGGAGGUGCAUGCAGCAAGUGAUAUGGGUUGUGCGACAGAGACGAGACGACAGCGGCGCUACUCCGACACGUGUCACGUGUCGGACGUGGAAGACAGCUGCUACGACUCGGACACAACAUGGCCGCCCCGGUCACGUCGUUCCUCGUCAUCCUCAUCAGGCCACGUGCACGGUCCAGUAGUGACGUCAUCACACGUGCCGGCUGUGACGUCAUCACACGUGCAGUGCUACGAUCAUGGCAACCGUCACCACAGCUCACGUCCGGCGAAUUCUGUGACGUCAUCGUAUGUGAAGAGAAUUGAUGAGGAAGUGCAGAGACGGACAGCGCUUGAGGAAGACAUGCGGAAGAAACAAUGUUGCGAGGCAAUGUGUCGUGAGGUAGUGUGUCGCGAGGCAGUAUGUCGCGAGGCGAGGAUGAAGCAGCAGGCGAAACGGGGAGAGGAUGCGUUACGUAGACAGCAGCGUCGAAAUGAUUUCGAUAAGUUCAUGCAAGAACUAAAGAGUUGUGCGACAGAGACGAGACGACAGCGGCGCUACUCCGACACGUGUCACGUGUCGGACGUGGAAGACAGCUGCUACGACUCGGACACAACAUGGCCGCCACGGUCACGUCGUUCCUCGUCAUCCUCGUCAGGCCACAUGCACGGUCCGGUAGUGACGUCAUCACACGUGCCGGCUGUGACGUCAUCACACGUGCAGUGCUACGAUCAUGGCAACCGUCACCACAGCUCACGUCCGGCGAAUUCUGUGACGUCAUCGUAUGUGAAGAGAAUUGAUGAGGAAGUGCAGAGACGGACAGCGCUUGAGGAAGACAUGCGGGCGAAACAAUGUUGCGAGGCAAUGUGUCGUGAGGCAGUGUGUCGCGAGGCAGUAUGUCGCGAGGCGAGGAUGAAGCAGCAGGCGAAACGGGGAGAGGAUGCGUUACGUAGACAGCAGCGUCGAAAUGAUUUCGAUAAGUUCAUGCAAGAACUAAGCAAGCUGAACAGGGAGGAACGAAAACUGCGCUAUACUAAUUGGACGAAAAAUUCAACUGAUCUUGGGGACACUCAACGUAAGAUGGCAACGAAAAUUCGUCAGAAGAAGAUGGAGUCCGCUUUUGAAAUGGAAUUCAUGGAGCCUAUAAAAGAUGAGAAGAGGAAAGAAGCAGCUGUUACUCCAAAGCUGAACGUCGCCGAUUGGAAGAAAUCUGAAUGCGUCGAAACCCUUGAAAUAUCCAGCGCAAAGCAAAACGACAAGCUCACACUUAGCAAUCUGAUGAAAAGAAUCAAUGAACAGAGAGAGAUGCUCUUUCAGGAGAUCAGGACUGACACUAAUGAUAGAGAGAGAGGCCUCUCAAAUGACGGCGGGUCUGGAAAGUUAGACAGAAAUGUUCAGGAUAGAACAGAUUACUCCAAUCGAUGUGUGCCUUCUACUACGACAUCCAAUAUACAGAGUGGUGGAGCGAAAUAUAAUCCAAACGAUUUCACCGAUAAAAACGGUAGAACCUCGAGAAAUAGUGAGCAAGUUGAAGAUAGAGAGUCGACUCAACAGACACAGUUAGGAACUGAGGGUAGGUCAUCGAAAUUGCAAACAGUGUAUGGAUUUGAGGAUGUAAAACUACCUAGAAAACGGGAUGGAAAUGAUGAACAUAAUAGAGAUUCUAGUACUCAACAAACUCAAAUUGGAAGUGAGGGUAGAGAUUCCAAACUGCAAACCGUGUAUGGUUUUGAGAACGUAAAACUACCCAGACAACAACAGACUCGGGAUAGAAAUGAUACAAGCAGUAAAGGUUCAUCAAGAUCGAACGAACCCACAGAUACUGGAAACAGAUCAGGUCUGUCUCAAAUGCCUCAAGGUUCAACAAGAUAUGGUUCCAACGAAGCCACAAAUACUGGAAACAGAUCAGGUCUGUCUCAAAUGCCUUGCAAACAAACUGGGCCUUGCUUUUGUGGUAGUACGGUUGAAACUUUUUGUAGAUGUUCUGAUAAAAUUGGUGAAAACACAGAUGAGAGGAAAGAAGAGUCUAGAAUGACAACCAGAGUAAUGGAGCCCCCUAUUUCGCGUGUAGAAGAUAUGUGUUGUUGCUGUGGAAAUUCUAGAAAACAAUGUGUUUGUUCGAAAAGUAGUGACACAAUCAGUGAGAAAAGCGCUAAUGUGCCUCCGAGCAAUGAUUAUAGAAGAACGAAUCGCCUUAGACUACCGUCGCCUAUCCCUGAAGUUAGUGAAACUAGUUACAAACAGGAGAGUAGUAGAGAAGCUGAUGAUAAUGAUGCUGCGAAAGAGUGCAGUGGGGCGAAGGUUGAUAAGACUGUAGAGAAAAGAAAUAUUGGUGAAGCUACUGAUAAGAAAGGUGGAAAAGUUGACGGUAAUGAAGACAAGAACAGUGAUUCAAGUCUUUCAACAUUGUACAGUUUGGAUAUGGCGUUGUCUCAGGUGCCUGUUGAAAAAAAUGAUGAAAAAGAUGAUGGGUCCUCUACUAAUGCUAAAGCCUUGAGAAUCACGGUGAAGGUUACCGGUGGAAAGGAGUUUAAAGAGAAAACAAAGAAGAAAAAAUCGAAAACUGAAGAAGAAAAGUUGUUGAAAGAGUGUAAAAAACUGUUGGAAGAUAAGGGGAAUGUUAGGAAACGCAACUUCUCUGGUGAUACAAGUAGUACCUCGUAUAGAAGUCCUCCCGAACAUUUAUCACCCAAACAACUGCAACUUCUCAGAGAUAUCUUGAAACAAAUUGACACUAAAUCCGACCAAAAAGGCAUGCCUCUCUUGAAGCAAUACAUUCUGCGGUUGCUAUCUAUGAAAAGAGAGAGCAUAGACUGUUUGGGAGUUAGCUCCAGUGAUGUGUCUUUACAGAGUAGUUUAGUGAGGGAAAUGGUCGGUAAUUUGGGAGAUUCUAGAAAUUUAGAUGAAGAUGUCACUUUGAAAUAUACGUCUUGUGAAGAGAAAGGUGUUCAGGUUAGUUUGGUCGAUAGUUCUAGUAAAAAUGAUAACAGGAGAGAAAAGAAGUCUAAAGUUGAAGGUGCAAGAGAAAGGAUACACAAAAAGGGUGAUGAAGAUGUGUAUGAAGAUCCAAGCGGGAGUAACGUGAGGAAACAAAGAAUGAGUAAAAACAGGGUAACUCAAGAUUCUGGAUUCUAUCAAGGAGUAACAGCUGACGAUGGAAGUAUGUUGGACGAUCUGGAUGUCCUUACACAACAAAUAAAUACAUAUUUUGAAACAAAACAGAAUGAUAAAUCAGAUGAAAUCGUUAAAAAAUACAUGGAACUAGCCAAAAGAUACACGGAUCGUAUAUCUAAUCUGGCAGAUUUGAUUGGUGACGUGGAAACUGAUCUACCCAGCUCUUUAAUUAGGUCAAGGUCUGACGAAGACUCGAAUCCACCGAGUCCAGAAGAGUCGUCUCAUAGCGGAGUCUACUCACCCAUUGGUUCACAGAAUUAUAAUGAGACUUCGUACAUGAGUCUACCACCUGAAUUGAACGUGCCUUUGCCAACCAGACGUCUGGAGCCGUUGGACCGUAUUUCGCCGACUUUUGAUGAGGAUAAACUGCGGCAGGAUAUCUCGUGGCAUGAGGCGCUCUCUCAUCCUCUGCCGACGCGUAUUUCUCCGUCGCCUGACGAGUCCAAAUGGUUUCGGCCGAAACCGCCACCCACCAUGCUUAACAACCACCUCGAUCCAGACCUUAGAACGUCUUCUCCACAUGAACUCUCCACCAUUCACGAAGUGGACACACCCUCGACAUCCUGGCGACGUGAUCUGUCUCAACAGCUGGUGACGUCCAGUCCACGCAAACGAUCCAGUUCCGGGUAUCGAAUGCCACCGGACGAGAGCAUCCCUCUAGACAACAACCCCAAACCGGAUACAGGUGAACAGAGGAUUUCCGAUCAGAGUUUCCAAACCCUGAGAUCCUCAGAUGACGAUAGUGUGAACUUGGAGGAGAAGGGAAUCAUGGAUGAGUCAAUGCCAGACGUCAUGCAAGAGUUGAUCCGUAGGAACAUCAUGACGAGCCCGUACGAGUGGCUGAAGGAAAUGCAGGAGAGAGGCAACCAGGAUACGGCCGACGAGGAAGUGAGAAGGAUAAUGCGGGAGUCGCCAGAAGACCUGGAGGCUGCGCUGAAGAACCUGGGGAUCGGAUGGGCUAGCACGACUCUCCGCAAAACGCGGCAAGCGGGAGAGUUGAGUGGUGACUCCAGUUCUCCGCCAGAUGGCAGGGAGGUCGGUGCCGGGGCCAUCGAAACUAGCACGCCGCGAUCUAGUAAGCCGACCGCUUGGCCUGCUGUCGGCAGUGAAACUGAAAUCUCCGCCAUACGACUCAUUGCUUCCUCGAGUAGCGAGCUUGCUCUCACUCCCCCAGACAUCUCUCUCAAACCUCCACAGCUGUCUCUGUCUUCAAAUAGCUCUAAUUCGGAUACUAAAACAAAGUAGAUCUUUCUCCAGUGCUGUAUUUUUUCACCUACAACUAUAAUUACUGAUACCGAGAUCUGCAGGUAUUUUCUCUACUUACAGAUCAAUUCGUGAAUCCGAUAAGAUCUCUCAAAGCCUCUGAAGGUUUCUCACUCCACUUACAGCUCUUUAAUCGUGAUGAGAAGAUCUCUGUUCAAGUCUAUGCAGCUGUAUUCCUCCUCCACUUACAGAUCUCAAUUCGUGGUAUCGAUAAGAUCUCUUAAAGCCUCUGAAAGUGUAUCAAUUUACUCACAGCUCUUGAUUCGUGGUAUCGAGAAGAUCUCUCUUUAAGUCUCUGCAGCUAUCUCUCUUCAUACAGAUAAUAAUGUUUGAUACCGAAAAGAUCUCUUAAAGCCUCUGAAGGUGUCUCACUCCACUCACAGCUCUUAAAUCGUGAUGAGAAUAUCUCUCUUUAAGUCUCUACAGCUGUCUUCCUCUACUUACAGAUCUUAAUUCGUGGUAUCAAUAAGAUCUCUCUUUAAGUUUUUGCAGCUAUCUCUCUUCAUACAGCUGUAGGUCGUGAUACCGAAAAGAUCUCUUAAAGCAUCUGAAGCUGUCUCACUUUACUUAAAUCUCUCAAUUCAUGGUAUCGAGUAGAUCUCUCUUCAAGUCUCUGCAGCUAUCUCUCUCUUCAUACAGCUAUAAUGUGUGAUACCGAAAAGAUCUCUUAAAGCCUCUGAAGCUGUCUCACUUUACUUACAGCUCUCAAUUCGUGAUAUCAAAAAGAUCUCUCUUCAAGUUUCUGUAACUAUCCAUACAGCUAUAAUUUGUGAUACUGGUUACUGAGGAAAUCUCUCUUAAGCCUCUGUGGCUGUCUUUCUCAACUUAUAGCUCUUGAUUCGUGAUACCGAGAAUAUCUCUUGAAGUCUCUACAGCUGUAUCUCUCGUUCAGAAGCUGUAAGACUUAAUAUCGUAUUGAAUAGAAGAUCUUCUUGAGACUUUCUCGACAUACAGCUGUAAGUCCUGAUACCAAACUGAAAUAGAAGAUCUCUCAUAAACAUCUCAAGCUGUCUUUCUCGACAUACAGCUGUAAGUCGUGAUACUAAACUGAAAUAGAAGAUCUCUCAUGAACAUCUCAAGCUGUCUUUCUCUACAUACAGCUGUAAGUCGUGAUACUAAACUGAAAUAGAAGAUCUCUCAUAAACAUGUCAAACUGUCUUUCUCUACAUACAGCUUUAAUUCUGAAGGGAGGCCAUUUUACAUCCAAUAUUAACAAUGUAUCACGUUACUAUGAAGCUUGAAUUAAUCCAUCGUUCGAAUUAGGCUUGGACUUUCACUAAGCGGUAGGCUCUCAUUAUGGCAAAGGAGUUUUCUUCCAGGAUUCAUGGCGAACUCUGAUUAUAUUUCUUGACAGUGAAUGAUUUAUUCCCAUGACAAAAAUAUGUGAUAAGUAAUCAAUACAUGACUUUGAUGAACACGGA